AUGCGCACUCGCUCUAUGGACAUGGCAGAGAGCGAAUCUCUGUAUGCCAUGCACCGCUAUCGCAUUUCUCCCGAGACAAUCGGCAUUUUGCAUUCCAAGGGAAUCACGGAGCUGUUCCCGAUCCAAGCACUCUCGUUUGACGCUAUUUACGACGGAAAGGACCUUAUUGGCCGUGCUCCCACCGGUCAGGGAAAGACCUUGGCGUUUGCUCUGCCCAUCGUGGAGAAGAUCUACAAGCUCAAUCUGCGUCCUCCGCGUCGUAGCCGUGCUCCUCUCUGCCUGGUGCUCUCCCCCACUCGCGAGUUGGCCCAGCAGAUCGAUGAGCAGAUCCGCAUGAUCGCUCCCUCUCUGCGCACCGUGUGUCUGUUCGGUGGUGCUCCCUUCGACCCCCAAGAAUUCGCUCUGCGUCGCGGCGUGGAGUUCGUGGUGGGAACUCCUGGGCGCGUUUUGGAUCAUCUGGAGCGCGGCACGCUGCAGCUCGGCGAGCUCCAAUGGUUUAUUCUGGACGAGGCCGAUCGCAUGCUGGAUAUGGGAUUCAGCGAAGACGUGGAGAAGGUGGUGGACUACGCGAUCAAGAGUGGCGGCGAGACGAAGGGUCCUCGCAUCGUUCCGGAUCGCAUCCAAGUUCUCUUGUUCUCCGCGACGAUUCCGUCGUGGGUCCGCGAAGUGAUGACGAAAUACAUGCACCCCGAUAAGGUCACCGUCGAUCUGGUCACGGAGAAGGAGAAGGCCUCCGUGGACGUGCGCCACCUCGUGCUUCGCUGCCCCUGGGAGGCGCGCGCCAAGGUCAUCGCCGAUCUCAUCGAGGUUUACUGUGGCGUGGACGGCCGCGCCAUCGUCUUCUGCGACAUGAAGAAGAGCUGCAACGAGCUGGCGGGCGAGGAGUGUCUCCGCAGCAUCGCGGGCGUUCUCCACGGCGACAUUCCCCAGAAGACGCGCGAGCAGACGCUGAAGGACUUCAAAGACGGGAAGUUCCGCUGUCUCGUGGCCACCGACGUCGCGGCUCGCGGUCUCGACAUCCAAGGCAUCACGCUGGUCAUCAAUCGCGAGCCUCCGGCCACGCGCUCGGGCGUCGCGGACGUGGAGACCUACAUCCACCGCAGCGGCCGAACGGGCCGCGCGGGCCGCAAAGGCGUCUGCAUCACGCUGUCGACGGGCUUCGCGCAGGAGGCCGUGCUGCAGAGCAUCGAGAAGGCGGUGGGGAACGCGUUCACGCGCAUCGGCGCGCCGCAGCCGUCGGACCUGCUGAAGGCCCGCGCGGAGCGUCUGGUGGAGCGGAUCGGCGAUCUGGACGAGCAGCUCAUCACCAAAAUGGACAGUCUCGCCGAGGAGGUGCUCGCCAAGACGUCCGAUCCCCGCGCGGCCGUGGCUCGCUGCCUCUGCCUGGCCGUGGGCGCGUUCGGGAAGAUGAAAACCCGAUCCAUUCUGACGUCGAACGAAGGGUUCGUGACGGUGAUGUACCAGUCGCUCAAUCCGUUCCGCACGGUGUCGUACGUGUGGGGCGCGCUGCGCCGGUAUUUCCCGGAGGACGUGGUGACGUCGAUCAAGGCGAACACGAUGACGAAGGACGAGCGCGGCGCCGUGUUCGACGUGCCCGAAGAGCACAUCCAGCUUUUUAAGGAUUAUAUGGAGGUAGCGGCGAGGCUGGGUGGUGACGGGUAG